CCGAUACGCACGGCCUAAGUUCUCGAACGUAACCUCACCGAAACUUGCGAUGUGGCAUUUGACUUCUCAACAUAUUUUGAUCUGCAUUUUAGAAAAUUAAUAUUCUCAAAUCAAAACGAUGGCUGUGGUAUAGAUUUUGAACAGCGAACGUACCCGAUUCGAAAAUAUAAAUUUCUCGAUGGACAUGGUUGUAUAUACAUAGUGAAUAAGAAAAAAUGAGAGUGUCAGUACUGUUAGUCUUUCGACUUUUGUAUUUUUUGGAUAUAAACAAAUUUACAAAUGCCUGGGACAAUGAGGAGUUGGAAGUAUUCGACGUUGUCGAAGAAGUUAAUCAAAAUUUUUAUGAGGUUCUUGGUGUUCCACAGGCAGCAAAUGCCUCAGAUAUCAAGAAAGCUUUCAGACGAUUGUCACUGCAAUUGCAUCCAGAUAAGAACCCUGCAGAGGAUGCAGAGCAACAAUUUAGAAAACUGGUUGCUGUGUAUGAUGUAUUGAAAGAUCCUGGAAAACGUCAGAAAUAUGAUAAUGUUCUUGUUAAUGGAUUGCCAAAUUGGCGGUCUGCUGUAUAUUACUACAGACAUGUGCGAAAAAUGGGACUUCUAGAAUUAAGUAUAAUUUUAUUUUUAAUUAUUACAGUUGGACAAUAUGUGGUAGCAUGGGGUGCAUACUUUGAGAAAAGAUAUACAUAUGAACAAGUAUUAGGUAGUAAACUGCAGAAAAUGCAGAAGAAAAAUAAAAAAGGUAAAAUGGAUGUGCCAGAUUUAGCAGAUAUUUUGGAGAAAAUUCCUACACCAACUAUUUGGAAUACUCUUCCAUUUCAAUUUCCAAGGUGGAUAAUAGCUGUUACAUUAUCCAUUCCUGAUGUUGUACGUAUGAUGUAUAGUGUUUUGGAAGAAAGGAAACGUAGGAAGAAACAGGAAGAAGAAGAAGCAUCAGCACAAGAAACUGAACAAUUACCACCUGAACCUGUAUCUCGGGCGCGGAGACGUAGACCUGGUUUUACUCCUCAGGAAAGAAGCGGCAAUAAUAUUAAAGAAGUAUCGAAGAAAGACCAAACAAUUCAUGUUUACCAAAAACCUGCAGUGUUUGGCGGCUUAUGGACCGACGAUGAUAUCUUAGAAUUAAUUAAACUUGUAAAAAAAUACCCUAGUGGUACUCCAGAAAGAUGGGAUAAGAUUGCAGAUGCAAUGAACCGUACAGUUGCAGAAGUUACUCAUAUGGCAAAAAAGAUAAAAGAUGAAGGGUUGAAACCCGGUGUAUCUACAGAGGAAACUGUAGUGGAAGAACGUCCGAAAAAAACAAAGACACGCGCCGAGAAUGUGGAUAACAUGAGCGAGUGGAGUCAAGAACAGCAAAGAGCGCUUGAAGCAGCUCUUACAAAAUAUCCCAAAGGUGCAUCUGUCGAUCGAUGGGAAAAGAUUGCAAAUUGUGUUGAAGGGAAAACAAAGGAUGAGUGCCAAGCAAGGUACAGACAGUUGGUGGAGUUGAUAAAAAAGAAGCAAGAUGUUCAAUAGCCUGCCAUGUACAAGAUUGUUCCUUCGACAAAACGUGUAGUCCAUACAAUCAAGUCCAAAAAAUGUAUUCGAUCUUAUAAAGAUACAUAUUUCACGGCUGUUGUACAUUUAUAAUACGGAUGAAUUACAGAUGUCCGAAAGAUUCUCUUACAUAGAGACGAAGAUUAAAUAUGAUGCAUUAAGAACGAUAAAAGAGAACUUUAUACGCGAGAAGGAAUAUUGCUCCUACAUCAUUUUAUUAUUAAAUGUUUGUGGAGAAUGUAUUUAUUUAAUAAAUUUAAUAAU